AUGGCAAAUCUACACCUUACCACGCUGUCGAAGCUUCACGAGCAAAGUGCCAAAACACUGUCAUCGGCGGCAACUACAUCAGAGAAGCCUGUAACUGAUAAUAAGGCGCCUUCGGAAAGUCCUGCACCUAAAAAAGGUUCGAAUGCGUCUACCACCGACUCUGGGGCUGGCGUUCCAGAACGCAAACGCGAGCCAUGGCAAAUACAAAAGGCCGCUCUGAAGAAGAAGUUUGGCAAUGAAAGAUGGAAUCCGCGAAAGAGAUUAUCACCCGACACCAUUGAAGGCAUCCGAGUGAUGCACGCCUCAGAUCCAGAGCGAUUUUCGACACCGAUACUCGCGGAACACUUCAAAGUCUCACCAGAGGCUAUUCGUCGCAUUCUAAAAAGCAAAUGGCGACCGAAACCAGAGGAACAAGAAAGAAGACGGGAAAGAUGGGAGAGGAGGGGUGAGAGGAUAUGGUCUCAGUUGGCAGAGCUGGGCGUGAAGCCUCCGAAAACGUGGCGGCUUCGAGGUAUAGGUAAAGCCGAGCCUGGCGAGAUGCCACUAUGGAAGAGCGGAGGUCGACGGCCCAGCAAAGGAGCAAGCAGCUCGCAGGAUGCAACAACUGUGCGAAGAGACCUGAUAGCCGAGAGGCCGUCAACUUCCGCACCUGCUGCAAGUGUAGGUUUAGGCAGAAACAUCUCAAACAGAAUACUGUAG